AUGGCCUCCAGUCUUGCGGCACAACUGGCCCAGGGAGCAUCUCUCAAUGCUUCACUUCUGGUCGACAGCUCUCGCCGGAAGUCAACGGAAUCAUAUCUAUUCUCUGCUAAGGAAGCCUUCCAACAUGAUCUUGACUCCCUCCACGCCCUGGGUGUCAAUGGCUUUCUGCAGCUCAAGUCCAUGAACCCGGUCCUCAGAUAUUUCGAGCAAACAUUGUUCUCAGAUGCCGCGAAAUCUACGGAUAGAACGCUGCAAGCAGCUGACGCCAAUGCGAAGUUGGACGAGCAGAUUGCUGCUUUUCUGCCCCUUCUAGGUCCAUUCCUCAUGGAUGCGCCUACCGGAAAGGUCCUUGAAUGGCUUGUGCGGAGGUUUAGGAUAAACGAAUUCAAUGUCAAACAUGUCCUGGCGUUGUUCCUGCCGUACCACGAGUCCCCCCAUUUCGCUAAGAUGGUGACCAUACUGCAUAUCCCCGACCAGUCAGUUUUCCGCUUCUUGCUUCCUUACAAGAAGAACGUUGUGUCUCUUCCACGCAGCGCACUUGUCGCUGAGAUGUCGAAGAAUUCGGACUUCGCGCGCUUCGUCUUAGAGCUCUUACCAAAAGCCCUAAGAGAAGAUGCCGGUCUUCACAGGGCGCUGGUGGCUUUUCAUACAGGCUUGUCCCUGGAUUUCGUUGCACAUCAGCAGACACUGGAUGAGGGAGCUGUUGCUUUCUUGCUUCCUGCCUUCGUGGAACCUUUACAGUUCCGACCGAAUGCGAGUUCCACCGUGAAACCAACAUUGAUUCAGGAGUCUACACUCGGAAGCUAUCUACUCCUGGCUGCUACGUCUCAGAAAUGCCAUCUGUCAUCUAAGGCUCUCAAAGCUGUUCUUUCUGCCAUCUCGUCUUCCGCAGAUCGCGUGUCGCCAAAGCAAUUUGUGCGAACACUUGUCGCUGUAUGUGCACCUCAAGAUGAGUUGGAAGCUCUUCCACGAAAUGUGAUGGACACCUUCAUCCAGUUUUCAGGAAUCGAUGACGAAGUGAGAGCCGGAUUAUCUUGGGUUGGAGCUGAGAAGUUGGUCAACGCGCUGAUCACUAGUCUGGUCAAGCAUCUAGACCGCGAAACAUUGGCUCAUUUGCUUGAGUCCAUCUUGACUAGCACUGAAGUUUCGUCGAACAUUGUUCGUCAUGCCACGACGGUUCUGCUCCGCCAUGCGACAGAAGUUCAAUCGACGGAGGGCAAUCGGGACAUGAAUACGCGCAGAUUUUUAUCGCAUAUACAGCAGCGUCACCCGAAGACAUUCGAGCAAGUAUGCCACGACGCAAUGAAACAGGACGAAGAUCAACGCGAAGCUAUUGAGCAGAUUAUAGUAUCCUUGACUGUUGUGUCCUCCAUGUCCAGUCACAUGCAAGAUCUUGGGGCCAUAGUUGCUUCAAUCAGUGCUGAUGAAAAUUCUCGCGCAUUGGCAGUGCGAGACCUAUUGAAUAUGUUAUCCAACACGGAUUUGUCCGUUUCUGAUCGUGCCUCUGUCGCGUCUACUCUCCUCUCACGGGCAGGGGACACCAGCGCUGCAGUAAUCGAGGCGCUCUAUGCACAGCCUAGUGUCCUCCUACCUGUCCUUCUAGGCGGCGCUGCGGGCUACAUAUCAUCUCUGACCCAAGCUCUACAUCCCAAGCGGUCGCCCGCGAGAAAUCUCAUUCGGCUGCACGUGACGUUCGUCACCAACUACUUCUUCUCCGUGGCACGAGCCAAGGAUGAGGGUUUGGCGACUACUCUAUUUUAUCAGGUAGUUUUUCCGUUCCUCUUAUUCUCGAAGCCCAAGCAGAAGACCACUAGUAUGGUGUGGAAUAUCAUAGAGGAAAGGGAGAAAGAUCGGCACGAUGUCAUGGGUAUUGGUCGAUACUCGGUUCUGGGCGGCUGCGUAGAUGCCGUGAGAUGGGAACAAGCAAAACAGGAUCAGGAAGGACAGUACUGUGAUGAAGACCGUCAUGUGGAGCUGCUGACGAAACUGAAUCUGGCAUUGACCUCCAAACUCGCAGACAACGUUGCCAUAUCGAAUAACUUUGCGCAUCAUUUGGAUGCCUUAUUGUCUAAGUUGCACGAAACCGACCUCUAUUCGCGCAACCUUAGUUAUUUGGUAAUCCGAGCAUUGCUCAGUCGACUGUCCAAGGAGCACCGGUGGAACGUCGCGUACCGAGUCCUAGAGGCAAUGAAGUUGGAGAGCCUGGAGGGAAUGAGUGGCUUCAUGCGUGGUGUCGACAACUUGCAAGUUUUCCUGCAAGAUGCCAGUCUGGUAACGGCCGUAGUCCUCAAGCCAAGCAGCCAGCAUACAUUGCACCGCCUUCAAGUCGCUGUAUUGAGCGUGCUUUCGACAAUUCCCCCGCCUGCUGGUGUUGUUUUGAAUUGGCUUGCAACUCCUCGAUCGACUGAAGAGGCGCAGGACGGUAUCGAUGUCACAGAAGAUUACGUGCGGCUGAUGCGUGCGAUGUAUAAACUCAGCAACUCGACGUCAUCUCUUCCUCUUCUUUCAACCCAUAUCCUCCGUAUGUUGUUCAUCAAUCUUGGUGAUGAAGCCCUAGCAUUCCUUGCUGGCGUAUGGAUUAAUUCACUCCCCAAUGGCAAAGAGGAUGCGGUUAGCGAGUACCAUAUUUGUCAUGCAGCCCUCCGCCAUGCCGUAGCAUUUCUCAAUGCACACCAUGCAACAGGACAUUGUGUCGACUUCCAGACUGUACUUCCGGCACUCAUCGUAUGCCUGCAGAGUAGUGAGGGUCGCGUACGAGAAGAGGCCUCGGCGUGUUUGGAAUCCUUGAAGAUCUUAUCGAGUGCGAAAGGUGUUUCCUCUGUUUAUGCGUAUGACAAAAUCUAUGGUCCUAGAUCUGCUAGCCUGCAGUACUUGGGAUGGGGCGACUUCUGCAAAUACGUGAACGCGUUGGUCGAAGCUCGACAUCAUUUUCUCCAUGAUGGGACCUUCAUUGCCAAAUUCCAUGCGCAAUAUCUGUCUGAAAACAAGACGGACUCCAAAAAGCAGGCUGGACGCAAGCAGAGGAUCAUGUGCUAUCUUCUUUCGCACGUCAACGCCUGCCCAGCCCUCCAUGUUCAGCGCAGUCUCCUGAAAAGCCUGGAAUUGGCGCCGAACAUGGUCAAAUCUCAGGUGCUUCUGCCAACUUUGCAGAAAGUCUUGGACAAACUAUCUCGCGUCACUCGGGCUGAAGAUGUCGAUCAGCUGUACCAAGACUUCUCCUCCCUAAUCGUGUCUUCGUUUGAUAGGUCUGCCGCGUCUGAUCUUAAUGAUCAGAGCAAACCUGUAUGGUCUACCUUCGAACAGGUGUUGACAGUAUGUUUCAGCAACGAAUCUUUCACUGCCAUGAAACUCGCUCUUGUCUCCAACGUUCAAAGCGGGCUCUUCGCGAAGCUGUCAGCUGAGCGCAAGGUAGACUUAUGCCGUGUACUUUUGGAGAUCGGGGGUCAACAAGCCAACUCCACGUCCGACUGUAAACGGCUGCUGACUCACGUCGUGACGGAAGUGCCAUUGAUGAUACGGCUUCUCGUCUUGCUCCAGCCUACCGCUGAAGAAACAGGUGAACGUGCCAGCAAGCGUGUGAGACUUGAAGACACCAGCCCUCUGAACAACACCAGUGCCCUUCCUUCCUUGUGUCUUUUGGCGGAGAUCCUGGCUUCAAUAUCAUUACCUGGUUCUCUGGAUUUGAUGACAUGCCUCCUGGAGACAUUGAACAAAGUAACUACUCAUGCAACAGUCCUCCCUGCUGAGAAAAGCUACGUGGAGCAGCUACUCAUGACUGCGCUAGACAGCACUAUUAGUAGCAUGCCCGAGAAUUCUAAGCUCCCUGCUGGAUCUGUCCGCGUUGAUGUGCUCGUUGAGCUAAUUAGAGUAUCAGAGAACCCUCAGACCUCGCAUCAAGCACUCCUUCUAAUGUCCAAUUUGGCACGUUUGACUCCCGACGCGAUCUUACACAACGUCAUGCCGGUCUUCACGUUUAUGGGCUCCAAUGUUUUCCAUCGCGAUGACACAUAUAGCUUUGGGGUUGUGCAAAGGACAAUAGAUAGUAUUGUUCCGGUGAUGGCGGCUUCGCUGAAGGACGCCCAUGCUGAGCGUCUUGAACUCUACAUUGCAGCGCGAGAAUUCCUGCGCAUUUUCACGGAUGCUUCCAACCACAUUCCCCGGCAUCGCCGUGCACACCUGUUCUCCCAUCUUGUGGACGUUCUCGGCCCGGAGGAAUUCUUGCCUCCUGUCUGCAUGCUACUCGUAGACAGGAUGACAAAUCGUGUUGUACGCCAGAAUUUCCAGGAUGCACGGAUAACGCUCUCCUUGCCACUCAAUAUCGUACAACAUUAUCCUGCAGAGCAAAGACUAUCUCUCCUGGUGGAGAUGAUGCACGAGAGUCAGCGGUUGCUUGGCCAAGGACAGGAAACUUUCUUGUAUACAAGUCUAGAGGAUGAGACACCUCCUACCGUUCCCAAACGAAAAGUAUUGGCACUCCUUGUGUUCACCGAUCACACAUUGAAGGACAUACCUGUCCUGUCCUCGUCCGAAGCGUCACGGGCACGCAUACUGACCUCUGAAGUGCUGUCUCUACUUUUGGGCUUCACGGUGCUUGGUGCCGAUGAGUCGCUUCACGAUUUGACGGUGGCAGCACGAACAGCGAUGGCUAGCACUUUGCAGAUAAUGUCGGCAGGUGACUUCAUUGCUGGCAUUUUGACAAUGAUUGAAAGCCCGGAAGUCAAAAUCCAAACUGGAGCUUUGGAGCUUCUUGGUGAACGUUUGACGAAUAUUUCUGAUCAAGUUCGACGGGAAUCAACGCCUUCCAUUGUGAUGGUCGUUGAUAUAGUCCGGCAAUCGUUAACUUUGGGACACGAUGUCGUGUUUGUUCGGGCGGCGUUCCAUGCGUUGCGUGCCAUCAGCCAGACGGCAUGUCCAGACGAAGAGAAUGCUCUUACGAGCACUGUACCCCUGGUGUUGAUAGCCGCGAAACAGCAAGAGACAGCUUCCAUCGCCUUCAACUUGUUGCAAUCACUUUGCUCCACGUUGGGACCGCGCAUAAUCCCGUAUCUUAAAGAGAUCGUUCAAGUGUGCGUCACGACCUUGCAUUAUAUUCUGACUGGGACAUGGAUCAAUCGAGAAGACAUACCCAAGGACGCUUUCACUGUCGUGCACACUCUACUUACUACGAUUCCGACGUUCUGGAGCGGGCAAGAGCUUACAGGAGUCGUCAAUUUAUACUUGGAUUUCUGCGUCACUGCGUCAUCUACACCCGAAUUUGCUACGAUGACUUCUGUUGUCAAAACCCUGGCAAAGCACGUGCCGUCGAAGGUGUUGCUACCAACACUGUGCGCAGUGUGGUCAUCAACCGGAUCGGUGGAUGUCAACCCGUUGAGGUGUAUUGGGUUCUUCUCCCUUAUGAAGAGAUCGAUUCGGGCGGCAACAAGACCUCUUGUGCUCGACCAUCUGCGACUAUUGUUUGAAACGUUCCACGAUGCAUUCAACAUGAACGUGAACAUGAAUGUGCUCGCUGACGGGAAGGAAAUAGAAACGGAUAUCAUCCCGUCGUUCGUCGAACUGGUCGUUAAGCUGAACGAGACGGCUUUCAGACCCCUGUUCCGAAAACUGUGCGAUUGGGCCUUUGCAAGUGACAACGACGCGGCUGAAGCAUCUCGCCAAGUUAGGUUCUGCCAUAUAUAUAUAGCGCUCUUGAAUUACUUCAAGGGCUUGAUGAUUCCCUACAUGUCAUUCGUAUGGCAACCAGUCCUGAGAGUCUUCGAAGGAUUUGUCUCUGGAUCGCUGCAAGACUCGUCGGUGUGGAUAGCAGUGUUGCAAACUAUUACCAGCUCCCUGGCCUACGACGAAGGAUCGUUUUGGAGAGACAGGAAAUUGGGGGAGCUUGUCUCCAUUAUGAGCAAGCAGGUUCCGGUUUGCGUCCAGUUGAAUGCAGGAAAGAUCCCAUUCUUGAGCUGUCUGACAGCUACUAUGGGCACACUAGACGAUGAUACCCUGUUAAAAUCCAUGAACCUGGAUAUUCUCAUGGAAAGCCGCUCAGAAGAUCCGAGAAUACGUCAAUUCAGCCUGUCAUGCAGCGAAGCCCUGUGGAGAGCCCAUGGAAGCAAAUUACUAGGAUUCGCUGAGGAAACAUCCACCUUCCUUGUUGAAUGUGCCGAAGAUGAAAAUGACAACGUUGUCCGAGAAGCCCUUAAACUGAAGAGUGCAGUGGAAGGCGUAGCCGGGAGAAUAGAUGCCUCGUAG